UAAAAAAUAAAACACUGCCAGAGUUUAAUAGUUUAGUCUGGGUGAAAGAUAUGUCAGACAAUAUAAUCAAAUUCAUAAGUCAGUCUGGAUAUAUAAGAGAGCACAGUUCAUAUAAGAACAGAGUGGAGUUCAAUACUGAAACCUUCUCUGUCACACUGAGGAACAUGAAGAAGACAGACAGUGGAAUCUACAUUGCAAAAACAAAAGGAGAUCAAGAAAUAUGUGUUGCUAAACACAACAUAUCAGUUAUAGAUCCAGUGGAUUUUCCUGUUCUGAAAGAGAACUUCACCAUGAUAAGUGUUAACGUCUGUAUCGUGAACGUCUCAUGCAGUGGGCGUGAUCAUACAGUAAGCAACAGAUACUACAGCAACAACUGCACUCAGGAGGAAAUGACAUCAUUUGGAAUCCAGACUCUAGCCCUGUAUUGUAUAGAGAACAUUGUUGUUUGUAACUACAGCAACCCAGUCAGCUGGAAGAAUGACACAGUAGAGAUUUACCAACUUUGCACAAGUCAUGAACCAGAGAAUCUCAAAGAAAUCAUCAGUUCCUUUCCUCUCCAUUGGCUCUUGGUCAUCGCUGGUGUAUCAGUGUUGGUUUUCACAGCAGUUUCUGUAAUAUGCUGCUCUUACAAGAAGCGUAAAAAGAGUGCUCAACAGUAUGAUCAGACAGUCUAA